GUGAAUGAACACAUCAAUUUUGUUUUACGAAAAAAGCACGACAUAUACUCUAGGUCGUCAUCUCUUUUCGUAUAUAAAUAAUCAGCGUCGUCAUCAUCUGCAGUAGUUUUAAAACGAACGCUCAUUAUACCACAUCAAUCAGCCAACAAAGGCACACGUGUAAAUAGUGCCAAUUCUAAAAAGUGAAUUAUAUCUAAAACGAUAUUUGCGUCAGAAGAUUCCAAAGAAAUAGAUUUGAACAGUUUUAUCGAAUAUGAAAGUGGAAUUCAUUGUGUUGAUGUGCUGCUUAGCACUCACUUAUGCAGAAGAAGCACGUACCACUCUUGAAAAUGUUGAAAGUAGCGAAGCUGUACAAAACAAAGUUAAUUCAUUGCAGCCUUUAACGCGAAGGGCUCGAUUGAUUGGUGGUUUGGGCGGAAUUGGUGGUGUCGGAAUAGUUGGCGGCGUUGGCAUCGUCGGAGGUGGAGUCAAAGGUGGCCUUGGUGGCCUCGGUGGCCCAGGAUUUUAUGGUCCAGGUGCUUACAGUAACUAUGGCGGUUAUGGAGGCUAUGGUGGUGGCUACGGCGGUGGAUAUGGCGGUGGCUACGGCGGUGGAUAUGGUGGACCUGGAAUUUAUGGAGGAGGCUACGAAGGAGGUUAUGGAUAUCAACAGAGCAGCUACAAUUACGGCGGUGGAUAUGGCAACUAUGGAGGUGGUUUCGGAGGACCGGGACUUUAUGGCGGCGGUGGUCCAGGACUUUAUGGCGGUGGACCCUAUGGAGGCGGUUAUGGCGGCGGUUAUGGAGGCGGUUUUGGAGGUGGCUAUGGCGGCGGUUAUUAUUAAAAGACAUUUAGAAAUGAAAGUAUAUUUAUGGCCUUUAUAGAAUAGGCGGAUCUUGUCGUAACAAGAAAAACAAUGAAACAAUCCGAACAGUAAAUUGAAUAAAUUUACAAUUAAUAUUAGUUAUUACAAAGAGAUUCAUUCAGGUUCAUUAAGAAUUAUUUAAAGAUUUUUAAAGUUAAAAAGCAACAAUCAUAUAUUUUCAACUGGUUGUACAUAGCUAUACUUUAAAGACAAAAUCAAUUGGCCUGCUUAGUAUUUGAGAGAAAAAAAAUUGUUUAUGGACAGUACAAAAUAUAGUGAAUGUGGCAGCGCUUCAAACACUCACCAAAUGCAGCUUCAGUACUUAGUGUUGAUGUGUUCCGAAUUGUUAUAUUUCCCUAUAAGAGUCGUAAAAUAAAAAAAAAUGAUGCAACUGCACGGCUUAAUUUUAUUAAAAAAAAACCUGAAAACAUGCAUCGUAUUAAGAGCUUUUAUAAAUGAAAA